AUGGAAGAAUCAAAAAUAGAUGAUAACGAUUUUUUAUACAGCUAUCAAAUGAAUCAUUUCAAAGAAGAUCCUAGGGACCCAUUUGCUACUGCUAACUUAAAAAGGAAGAAUAUAGCUUUGUCACUUGCAUAUUCAAAUCAAAGCCUUGACAAUGCCACUUCAUGUCACAUAUUACAUGAUCAGUUGGAUUCUUACUUUAAACUUGUUGAUGAUAGAAAUGGUAUUAAUAAUUUUGCCAAAGCAACAUUAGACCUUGUAUCAAAUGUAAAAAAUGUUAGCAAAAGUUGGAAAUCUGGUUUAUCUAUUGAUGAUCCAAGAUGGAAAAAUCCUUGGAAGCCUAUGACAGGAAUAUGUUAUAAUCCUACUGAAAGUGGCCAUUGUGGCAAUUUCAUUCCUCCUGAAUCUGCUAUUCCAAUUUUUCUAGGAGGUAGAGGAACACCCAGAGAUAAAAAUGAAAACAAACAACCAAAAAGAUUGGUUUCAGAAUAUUUUGAAAGUGAUCAAAUGAAAAAAUCUGCAGCAGCAGCUGAUCUGAGUAGUCUUUCGUUAAAAGAUAAUUUUCAAACUAAAACAAAGACUUCACUUUACUCCCAAUACCAUGAUGGACCAUCGACAUCUGCCGAGAGAAUGGAAAUCAGUGUGCCAUUGAAGAGGAGGCACGAACUAAUGAGCAGUAACUUUGUUCCUAAGAAAAAUUUUUCCAGUUACAAAGAAUCCAAGUCAGGAUUCGACGAAGAAACAGAACCAAAAAGUGGAAUUUAUCAUCGUUUUCCUGGAGGUAAAGGUUACUAUCGAAAAAGCAAACCUCUUACUGCUCCCUUAAGAGGUUUUUCACAAGAAAAUGAAGAUGAUUCUGACGAUGCAAGAAGAGUUACAUUUGAAAAUCACUUUAAAACUGCUGGUCAGGAAUUGAAAAUAUCUAACCAAAAGAAACAGCCUGAUAAUUCAAGGAGACCUGUUUAUGAUGAUAAUCAGAGAAAUCAAUACCAACCUACCAAAAAGUUCCUUGGUGGAAAACGUACUGUUUCUUCCAAGUUUGUUCCUCCAGUUAAAAACAAUUCCCAAGAAGAAGACUUUUACCCAAGAGGCAGUGAUGUUAAUGACGUUGAACAAGAGCUUGAUGAAAGGUUAAAGAAUAUUGAACCAAGAAUGGUUGAGCUUAUUAAAAAUGAGAUAAUGGAUACCGGCUCAUCAAUAAGUUGGGAUGAUAUUGCAGGACUGCAAUUUGCUAAAACUACUAUACAAGAAAUAGUUGUUUGGCCAAUGUUAAGGCCCGAUAUAUUCACUGGCUUAAGAAGACCACCCAAAGGUAUACUUCUCUUUGGGCCGCCAGGGACAGGGAAAACAUUAAUUGGAAAAUGCAUUGCUUCUCAGUCAAAGUCAACAUUUUUCAGCAUCAGUGCUUCUUCUCUCACGUCUAAAUGGAUAGGUGACGGAGAAAAAAUGGUUCGAGCAUUAUUUGCUGUUGCCAGGUGUGAACAGCCAGCAGUCGUCUUUAUCGAUGAAAUUGAUUCACUUUUAAGUCAGAGAAGUGACACAGAGCACGAGAGUUCAAGAAGGAUCAAAACUGAAUUUCUUGUACAGCUUGAUGGUGCUGGUACAGGUGAAGAGGAUAGGAUUCUUGUGAUUGGUGCAACAAACAGACCCCAAGAGCUGGAUGAAGCUGCGCGAAGAAGACUUGUUAAACGUUUAUAUAUCCCUCUUCCGGAUCAAGAGGCUAGAAAUCAGCUUGUUACUAACCUGAUGAAAUUAGAAAGAAAUAGUUUAACCCCCGAAGAAGUAGAAAAAAUAUCUACUUUGACCGAUGGGUAUUCAGGUGCUGAUAUGAAAAACCUGUGCCAAGAAGCGUGUCUUGGCCCAAUUAGGUCGAUUGCGUCUACGGACAUGUUCCAGAUUUCAGCUGAUGAGGUUCGUCCUGUGAAUAUUGAUGAUUUUAUGGUGGCGUUGAAACGAGUGAAAUCAAGUGUUUCUGAUCAAGAUUUGGAAACAUACCUUAAGUGGGACCAGCAAUAUGGGUCUGGUUUUUAA